AUGUGGCCCCGUGGCCCCAUGGCCAAUGUUUGUUCUUCCUUUGCAUCAGCGCAUCCAAAGGGAGUGCGGUCAGUCGGUCAGGGGGAAGGAGAACCUCAAAGUACUGACGUCGGCGGCGUGCAGGUCCUUCAGGAUAAUACCUGGGGGGGCUACGACUACGGUUACGGCCAUUGGGGACAGAUAGGUUGUGAAGACCGGGGGCUGCUCUCAAUCCGAAGCAAGACCAUCUGCAAAUUAGCCUUCCAGGCGCUGGGCGUUGGCACGACCUUUCAAGGACACGAGGAUGCAAAGCUCCUGGGUGGUGGCCAUAUUUACCCGGAUGUCCCAAAUCAGCCCAAGGGCUGCUUCAUCUCAGUCUACUGGUCUGAUUAUGAGUUUGACUACCACUACAAUCCCAUCAACGAAACCGAGGUCUCCAGGGUAGAGGGUAAUUUUGACUAUGCGUACAAGUCGGUGUGCUUGGUGCCUCCGUUGAGCAACGAAUGCAAUGCGACAGAGUGCGAAGAAGACACAGUGAUGAGUGGUGAGCAGUGCACGCCUGUAUGUCCCCCAGGCCAGGUGCCAACACACAAGUCCCUCUUUUGCGUGGAGGGUAACCUGAGCCCGCCGGCUUACAGCUGCGUUCCAGAAAGGGAGCCCGAAGGGUCAGAGUGCGAGGAUUUGGAGAACAGCACCUUCGACUGCCUCAACGUCACGGUGCGCGGCACUGCCUGCCAGAGGUGGGACUUUGACAGUCCAUUUAACAUCGCCGAGAGAAACAACUCGGAGCGGCCGCCGCACAACUUCUGCAGAAGAAGCACAUUGACUUGGAGGAGAUUUCCGAUGAAAGCAACAGGGCCAGAUCGAAGCUGGUGCUUCACAACAGCCGACGGCAUGUCCUGGGACUACUGCAUGCCACAGUGCGUCGAAGGCCCUUGGAGAGACAGGGACACCGUCAUUGACCCCACUCAACAAGCCCUUGCAUGGACCUGCCGCGACUACACGGCCAAGCAGCUUUGCACGGAAGAAGGCUACGGAGCCAAGUGGGGCUCAUAUAUCACCCGCACCGGCACAUUUGAUGACUACAGGUACCUGGGCUUGUCAGCGCGGGAAGCGUGUUGUGCCUGCGGCGGUGGAAAGCGCAGCGAGCAAUGCGAGGACAACCCGCUCUUCGAGGACCAGUUCGGCAAGUGUGGCAUACGGGGCAUUCACAAGGGUGGUUGCAACCACGUCGCAAGGUUCUACUGCCCAAGGGCCUGCGGUCUAUGCAAAGUGCCAGAGCCUGCUGCAGACAAGCUCUUGCAAACAUGCGAAGAUUUUGAGCUCGACUUUCGGAGCUGCCUUUUCUACACAUCCAGCAGUGACACCGCAGAGGAUGUAUGCAGCGACAUGACUUUGGAGCGGAGAUUCCGGGAUCAUUUGGGAGACGAGGCGCCGGCCUCCUUUGGCAAUGCCUUCGAGAAGUUCCGGUCGGUGUGUCCCUUCAGCUGCCGCCUGUGCCACAAGUGCAAGCCAGGCUUCCUGCUGAACACGCAGCCGAUUGCGAAUGCAAGCGAUAGGCUGGCGUAUCAGUGUGUAGCCUGCCAGCCGGGCCAGUUCUCCCCGUCGCCUGACGGGAUUCGCUGCCUAGACUGCGAGCCCGGUCGUUCCGCAGCCAUGCCUGGCCGGAGCAAAUGCGAGACAUGCCGACCAGGCUACAGCAGCAGCAGCGGCGCCAGCCUCUGCGAUCCCUGCUCAGCGGGGUUUAUACCCAACCUUAUGCGCACCCGCUGUGAUGCGUGCCCUUCAGGCUCCUUCGCGGCGUCCAACGCUUCAAACUCCUGCGAGCUUUGCCCAGAGGGAAGCUUCGCACCAGCUGUCGGAUCUAGCGAGUGCUCGCUUUGCUCCCCCGGCAGGUAUUCAGCGCAGGGCAGCAGCAGGUGCGUGGAGUGCCCCGCGGGCUUCGCGGCGCCGAAAGUCGGGGCACAGGCCUGUGACUGGUGCCAGAAAGACACCUACACCAGCGCUGCAGGCAGCAGUAGCUGCCUCCGCUGCGGCCUGGGCACCAUCACGGUGGACAGGGGCACCACCUCUGUAGGAGACUGCGUGUGCCCGGCAGGGACCUGCUUCGACCCCGAACAACAGUACUGCACUCCAUGUUUGGAGGGCAUGGUCUGCGACGUUGGCUGCAACUACAGCAGCUUCAAUGAUGCUGCCGGAGUAUUCCCCAGGCUUCUCCCUGGCUACAUGACAAGGCUCAGCGAGCCCUUGCGCGUUUUCAGGUGCAGGGCUGAACUGCACUGUCCCGGCGGGGAGCCUGCCAGCUGUGCUGCGGGACGCGACAGCGCCCAAGUGGCCUGCGGUCUUUGCGCCUUAGGGUUCUCGCCGUCCGGGCAGAACUGCAAUCCCUGCCAGGAUGCAGGACGUAUGGCCAUUUGCUUUGGGCUGUGUUGGUGGGCUGCUGGUGGCCAUCUUCGCCACCCUCUCCUUGAACAAGGACCCUCUGCUGCGCAGCAACUCCAACAUCAUGGUGGCAAUCCUGGCGGGCAUGACGGUUAG